UUUAUUUCCGAUGAGGAUUACAGAAUCCCCUAAAACGUGCGAGGAGGCCCACCUCCUACGGACUGGGGGGCGGGGGUGCAACGCAAUAGUGUUCAGCUUAAUAAGAAUAAUGAAAUGAUUAGUCGCAUAAAUUACUGUCAAACGGACACUUACGGAGAAGUCAGUUCUAAGAAAAAGACACGACACAUUUGGCGUUUCAUUCGAGGAGAGGUGGAUUCUACAUUAAAGUUAAGCUCCUCUCCGCGGAGCAUUUCCUUUACCUGUUGCUCCAGAUGAUUAGUACAGGAAUUUGAACCCUUCCGUAUGACCACAACCUCAGUUGCUUUUGUAUUGUAACCGAAUGGCAGGCAAGGAUGUCGCAUCGGUUUUGUUCUUUGCUCAUUGUUACUUCACAUCUGCAGGUCCAUUAUCAUCAAUGGCCUGUGAAAUUUUGCCUGUGAAGGAUGCACACCCUGUGCAAGCCCAGUGGCUGAGCUUCAGCACCUUAUCCGGCUGUGCCAGCAGGGAGACCAUAGGGCUCCCCCAGGAGGUGCAUCUCAUCACGCUGAGGCACAGGAGCCCCGAGGAGCCCACAGAACCCACUGAUGUUAUUCUACAUGUGAAGCCAAUUCAGUCUUUGCUCAUCCACCAGAAACCCCUGAUAUUCGUGCUCAGCUCCCCCUGGCCGGUGAUGUGGAAAUUGAGGGCUGAGAAUCUGGCCCCCCAUGUAAAGCGCACCCUGCACAUAUCAAAAAGAUCAGAGGUUCUGUUUGAGGUGGGAAAUUUUUCAGCUUUCAGCAACGUACUUGCAGAAAACUUGCCACGUGGCAAACAACGCCUUGUUACCUGGGCAAAGAGGAAGUACAAAGCGGUCACUUCCUUCUCUGAAAUCAAAGCUGCCAAAAAUAUCUAUAUGAAAGUUGGUGAAGAUUCCAUGUCUUCCGAGACCUGCAAGAUUGUGAAGAAAUUCCGAUCUCAAAACUGCCUGACUGGUUAUCUACAGACAUCCAAAGGCUGUGUUCUGCCAUACCGAGCCCAUAAUCAUGAAAUCCACAUCAUCAUAUUACAGGCCCCAGACCCCAACAGUACAUUUCAAAAAGAUGUGACUGUGGAUAUUAAAGUACUGGACAAAGAUAAGCUCACUCACCAUGAUGUGGUACUCAUCCUGAAGUGUGAGAAGCCAGUCCACUGGGUGAUCCGAUCUCGAGGCAUCAUGAGCAAGCUGAAAAUCUUGACCCCAGACAGUGUAACGCUGGAUUCUGACACUGAAACGCUGAUUUCCAAGAUCAGCAGGCAGGAUGUUCCUUCUCUACCCCAGCUCCUAAUGCAGUGGGCUGAGGAGCAUAACUACAGUCCCGUCACCUCAUUCACUAGCACAGAAGUAGCCAAUCACUUUACAUUGUGGUUGAGGGAAUUAGAUGAGGUUGCAGAUCCUUUGAAGAGCACGUUAAGCCCACAGCUGGCUGUCCUUCACCGUUAUGAACCCUACCCAAGCUCCGCCCCCCAGCAUAGGGUACCGCAUCUCUUCCUACCCGCAUCUGUCAAGGAGAGACCUUGGCCUGCCGUGGAUCACGAGGCCGCCUUCAGGGUUGGGCUGAGUGUGCUUUGUGAGGAGCACAGGAUGGUGGUGAUCAUGGACAAAGAGGGCCUGCAGGCUAACGGGUAUUCAAAGGUCAAACUUACUCUGCAGGAUCCUGACUGUAAUGCAAAGUCUAACGCUACUCACUACAUCCUGGAAACACUCCUUACAGGUUGCCAAACCACCAAGUACCCUUUUUUCCCAAGCCCAGUGGUAAUCUACUUUAACACAAUUCUUAUUGGCCAGUUGCAGCCCGAGGGGGGAAGUGGCUGGCCAUUUGAUUAUGAGGACAUAACUACAGAACCCAUGGAACCAAUAUUUUCCAUCCUGUUUAACUGCACAUACAGAAACAACAAGGGGCCUUUAGCCCCAUUUCCCUCUCAUGGCCGCCACAAGGACCCUAUGAACAACAUAACAUUCAACAUGGAGCUUUACAACACAGACCUUUUCUACUACACAUUACCUCAGCCCUUCCUCACCAUCUCGGAAAACAAGCCCAUCUUUGUGGAGGUUUCUGCCACCAAAUCCGACCACGAGCUUGAGUUUAUGAUACAAACGUGUUUUAUCUCGCCCAAUUCGAACCCUAACAUAGCAUCGGAGUACACCCUCAUUGAAAAUAUCUGCCCUACGGAUGACUCUGUGCGGUAUUACCCCCGACAACUGGAAUUCCCUUUCCUACAUGCGCAAACAGACAGAAAGAGGUUCAGCUUUAACUUCCGGUCGAAGUUCAACAUGUCCCUGCUUUUCCUGCACUGUGAGAUGUCCCUCUGCACCAAACGCCAGAGCAGUCAUGGUCUGCCAAAGUGUAUACAGCCUGAUGAGGCUUGUACCUCUGUCAACAUGGAUGUCAUUAUGGCUGUAAUGACACCGAGCACCAAGACUUCCACCCGACCACUGGUGGUACUGUCAGACAACAAACCACAGGAGCCAUCAGGACCGUCCACCCGGACAUUUCUACAGGCUCCCCUCCAAUCCAAUAAAGAGUAUAUAAUGUAUGUCCUGGAUACUCCAGUGAUGGUUGGAAUCACUUUCGCAGCGUUUAUCAUCGGGGCUAUUUUAACAGCAGCUUUGUGGUUCAUUUACUCUCGCACAGGGUUUCUGAGACCAGGCGGUACCCCACACGAAAAUGGUAACCUUUGGGACUUAGAACUACCUACGAGAGGGGUGACUCCAGGACAAGGUGGACAAAGGAGAGACUGAAAUGUGGAGAAGUGAAGAAACCAGGAACCCAAACCAUGACAUGGGGACUAGGAAAUGAGGCUGAGAUUCCGGAACAGGUCUGGCAGCUCAUCACAACUGAGCAAGAGAAGGAACCUGGAAACAAGAUGGCAGCUCACCAACAGCAUGAUGCCGAAGACAAGACCCUGGAUACUUAAAACUGCAAACCCAAUAAUGCUGGCUAUUAAAACCCCAACUCUCAAAGAGACCCAUUGUACCCGAGCCUUACAUCUUGUGCGGCAUGGGAUAGGCUCCAGACCUCCCUGCGACCCUGACCAGAAUAAGUAUGAAAUCUGUUGAAUUCCAUUAGAAAAACAUUCAAAGAUAGAUUUGGGUUUGUGUACCUUAAAUUUCCCAGAUAGGUAACACAAACCUUACUCAGUCUCAAAAUCAAAAUACUGGUGCAGGUGUAACACAUAAAUUGUAAAGUGAAAUGUAUUUUAAUGUCUCAAAAUUUUAUUACUUUUAUUUUUGAAGAGCUUAGCUCUCAGAAGACUUAAAAAUAAAUAAAGUAAUAACUGGAAGUUCAUACAUGCCUUUGACAAUUAGAUAUCCCGGGACACCUUGUCCUCUGUGACUACAGAAUAAUUAUGAUAAUAUGCAAUUAUCACCUCACUUUUUUCAGCAGCAACCUCGAAGUGAAAUAAGGGUGUUAUUGCAAAGACUGAAGGAAAAAAUAAAAGCAAAGCCAGGAAAAUCCCCUUAAGCUGGAAAUAUCUGUGUUUUGAUAUAUAUUUUGUGUAGUUUACUCAAUCAGUUAUUGCAGUAAUGCCAGAUACAAAAUCAGAGCCUAUGGGGAGUUUAUCUAAAGCACAUGCCAUGGGACUACAUGAGGAACCCAAAGCAAAGCCAAGGAGGACAUAUAAACAGCACUGAAGGCAAGACGCAGGAACUGACCCCACAACCAGCGUGGCAUCUUAACACUAUGUCACAUAUACAGUACAUAUGACUUGCACGAUAUUUUCUAUGCAAACAUAGAUACAUUCUAUUAUAUAUUUUAUGCUUGUUUUUCCAUUUCAACUUAUCCAUAUAAGCACCUUUAGAUAAAAGACAUUCUGUGGGAUAUUAGCCAAAAUAAUUACAGU